AUUUCCAAACAAGUGCAAGAGCCAGAAAGGACCGUUUGGGAUAACCGACUCAAAGAUUGUUCUUCACCUCACUGUGGGAAUUGGACACAAACUGGAAUACAUUUCAGGGAUCCUCGGCAGUCUGCUUGAGUCGGUGGAGGGAAGCGAGAGCUUCUGCAGAGGGGUUCAGAGCGGAGGAAGAGGAGGAGGAGGAGGAGGUGUGCUGGAUGGGGACCAGAGUCGGGGCCUGAUGGCAGGAGCCCGGCACACUGGGAGCUCUGGUCGUGUCCUCUAGAAGCCGCUACCGGCGCUACAGUUCACGAGGAGACACUGAAAAAGGUGGUGUGCCCAUGAGGUCGCCCAUGCUGGUCCUGAUCCUCCUCUUCAGUGCCCGGGCCGUGGCCGCGCAGCAGCACGGGCCUCCAGGCCACAACCCGGACUCCAAAUCCGUCCCCGCGGUGGACCCCGAGCUCUUCACCAGGCGCCGCCACCUCUCACCCCGGGUGCUCUUCAGCGCCCGGCCGCCCGACGCGGAGCCGGCCGAGUCGCAGGGUGGCGGCGGUGGCGGCGGUGGCGGCGGUGGCGGCGGUGGCGGCGGCAGGGGCGGCCGGACCCGCCGGCGAGCGGCGCAGCCGCAGCACCGCGGGGUCUUCUCGGUGUGCGACAGCGUCAGCGUCUGGGUGGGCAACAAGACCAAGGCCACGGACAUCUCGGGCCACGAGGUGACGGUGCUGCCGGACGUCAACAUCAACAACGUCAACAAGAAGCAGUACUUCUUCGAGACCACGUGCCACAGCGCGCGCCCGGGCCGCUCCAGCUGUUUGGGCAUCGACGCCCGCAGCUGGAACUCCUACUGCACCAACACGCACACGUUCGUGCGCGCGCUGACCUCGUUCAAGAACCUGGUGGCGUGGAGGCUCAUACGCAUCAACGUGGCCUGCGUGUGCGUGCUGAGCCGCAAGUCGUGGCGGGUGUGACCUCGUUCACCCACGCGCGCCGCGGUCGUCUAGCAGCGGGGGGACAAACACGGAUGAACUCGUCACCCACUGCACACAGUAAAUUAUUGGUUUAUGUCAAAGCAUCGGGCCCGCGUGCGUGUGCGCCAGCCAUGGGUACACGCCCGUGUAUCCGUAUUCGUCUGGAGCUUUUUGGGAGGCCUCUCGAACAUUUACCAAGAGCCUGAGAAUGUCCACUUUAAAAAGGGAACUAGGAUCUCUGACGUCAAAGAGUGUGCUUCCGGUUUGCGUGGAAUGAUGAGGGGUGUGAAGCGUUCUGUGGCCUCAGAUGAAGCUGAUGUUUGAAAAAGUAGAGCGUGGUUCUCACCAAACGUCUGCAGUCUUCUCCUCGGUUCUGCUGGAGGCCACAGCCGCGUUGGCUCCUGGGUAAUGUAGUCAUGCAGGGUUUGUUGACAGAGGAGAAUGCGUGGGAUGAUAAUGAAGUUCUGCUGCAUCGAUUUUGAUCCUCUUUUUCGUCACUUUUUUAUUUUUUAAGUGUCCAUUGGGAAUCUGGACUGCUAAAUGCUGAAAUGCUAAAUUAUUGAAUUUGGCAAAUUUGAAAAAAUGUUCUUAAAACUCACUCUGGAGGAUAUCAGUUUUCCGAUGACUGAGGAGAAAUAUGAGAUAUGUAUCAAGCAACCUGAUAUAUAUAAUAUAGUAAAAUCCUCUAUCUCUCCUUAAGCAAUUACAAUGUACAAAAAGACUACUUUAUUUCAAAGAUGUGUAUAGAAAUGAAUGCAUGUGGAUUAAAUAAAAUCAAAUUGGGUACAAUUAAAAGAGUAAGAAAAAUCUAAUAACAAAGGAGAAUUCAUUAUCACAUUGAAGAUGCCCAAAAAGGGAUUCCAACAUAAAAUGAAAGACAGUUUUCUCUCUGAUGUUUACACCUCUGAAGAAAUAUCCUCUCCAAUGUUCGAACAGAUUGUAAAUCAGAACACUUGUGCUGUUGUCCUACGGAGCAUUUUAUAUAAUCAGAGCAUUUUAUAAAAAAAUGGCAUAAUGCAGAUUUUUUCCUUAAUCUUCAACCUCCAAACAUUCCCUUUAGUGGUUUGAUAAAUACGGGCCCAGAUUCAGCAGAACCGCAGCUUAACCAAACGUAUAAUGAUGAAGUUAAUUCAUGAGGUGCGCGCCGCACGCUCACAGGUUGUAAUUAUUAUUAUUUCAUUGCAACAGAAAUAUGUUCAAAACGCCACUUGAACCAGUGGGGUUUUUACUCAUUUACAGUCCAGUUCCACACAACCUUUAACCUCCUUUCAAACAAGGAGAUUUAAUUCAGAUCCUCACAUAUGGGGACAUCUAGUGGCGUUGCACACAAAGUGACGCAACACACACUUUGGACAUACAAUUUAUAAGUCAACCUUUGUUAAACUGUCGUUGAUUGUUAUUUAUUAAACAUUUACAUACA